UUUCAAACGCAACUACAGCAACUCAAACCUUGUGAAACUUGGUUCGAAUCAACCAUCCGCAACACCAUACAAGUUGCAACAUAAUUGGCCAAACACCAAGUUUCAGCGACAAGACACCAAAGUUGCUGGCCGCAGUGCAGAAGUCCAAUCGCGCACAACACGAAGACAGUCUGCAGCAGUCGAGCGAAGUGAAUAAACGUGUUAAGCGGAUUGCGCACAAUCGUUGGCGGUUUAAGCGCAAGCAAAUUGUACGGGCUGUGGCAACACAAGUAACGAGUAAAGUUAAAACAAGAUAUACGGGGUGAACGAUUUACGAAAAAUAAACAAGCGUUAACAUAAAAAAAAAAUUACUAUAAUUGAGUUGCCAGUCGAAUUUUUUGUGCAAAAUUAAAAGUAGUGUAGUUCAAUUGGCUUGUGUCGCUUUGUAUGUUUGCAACCGAUGCAACGACAGACUGUGUGCGCGCGCAGCAGCAGUUGGGCAUGCUCCGUCGAGUGGGACGGUCGUUAGUCGGCUGCCAGAACGAGAACUUAAGUAAAAGUCGAACGCCUAGCGCGUGUGUGAAUGUGCCAAACGAAAAUGUGUGCGAAACAGCGCGGCAUGCCAUAAAGAAGAAAGUGACUAGCCGCCAGACGGUUGAAACGACAAAGCUUAAGAUGAGGCCUGCAAUAAAUGUAGUGCCGCGUCGCGGUUCAUGGCAGCGCUCCAUAUGGCCCAUGACCUUGCUAUGCUGGUGUUUUAUAAUAGUUAAUUCGCCAGCAAAAGGGCUGAACUACGACGCUGACACGACCGCUGAGUUGAACACACAAGCCGGGGCUCGAGCGAUGGGUCUUUAUGGAACUCGCGAACCGCGUUUCGGUGAUCGUUUACUACCAUUGCGCAAAAAGACCGGUGCAAUAGUAAAUGUGGCGGCGUCCAGCCAAAGGCAAGCGAAUAGUGUUUUGAGUAAAAGUAAUUAUGUGGUUAGUUACGCGAGUGUUAAUACAAAUAACGCGACCUCAAGUGGGAAAGUUAUGGCACGUGCCACAAAUACAAACACGACUGCUGACGUGAAUGCAUCGCCUAAUAAUAGUGUCGAUGUGACAAGCGAUGUGAGUGAUAGUGUUGAACCCAAAACUGAUUUGUAUACAAUGGAAGUCCAUCAUGCUGAUUAUACAGAUCCUCCAACGACCGUACAACGUCGUGGCAAACAGUUGAGUCGACGCGAAGAUACCAAUAUCGGUGGACUUUUACUAGACUCGACUACCUUCAGUAGUAAGGACACGAAUAUUUCGAAAGCUGAUCGCUUGGUAGUCAUGUCCACCGAGUUCUUUGUAGUACCAACAAGCACACCACUACCAAAGCACGUGCACACUUCUGGAGCGCCAGUACGCACAGGCGCUAAGGCAGCAGUUCUGCCUGAUUAUAUACAGCCACCCUACACGGGUGUACCGACUGCUGGACCACGUUCAGUUUUAAUUGUAGCGCCGCGGCCAGUAAAUACCUCAAAUGCAGCGAAUACAGUCAGCGCGGGUUUGCCUCCAUCCAUAAUGCCCACACAUCUGCCAUUCACAGGCCUGCGCAAGGAGCCUUGGGUGGUGCCCGUGUUGGUGUUGGCAGCUCUCACAAUGCUAAUGAUGACAGCUUUUGAGAUUUUCGUGCUGUUCAAGGCAUGGCGUACGUCACCAUCGCGGCGUCAUCUCUUUCUUGGUCAGAUGCUACUGUUAGGACUUUUCGCUUGUGCUGGGCUGGGUGCCGUAUUAACAGCACAGCCCUCACUGCUCAGCUGUGGCACAAUACGUUUCGGCGUGGGUGUUGCGUACGCGCUUGUUUUUGCCGCGCUACUCGUCAAGUGCGUUUUCCUCAUUAGUCUGAAUGGCGGCGUGUAUCUGCCUGCACCCUACCAAGGUUUAUUGUUGCUUUUCGCCGUGCUCAUACAAGUAGCCAUAGGCACACAGUGGCUACUCACACAACCUCCGGAGAUUUACACCCAAAGUGUACCGAUACUUGGCAAUAGUCUGUUGGCUCCUACUAUAGCGUCCAGUGGCGCCACAUCUGCGGCACAUACCUUUGCAGCGCUUUUUCAACCUCAUAUCGCCACACCCACCGACGGUCCAUCCACAGCAGCGCUCGGCUCCAGUCUCGGCUCGGAUCUAUAUGCGCGUAUCACUGCUGCUGGUACGAUGCUGAUACCGCUAUGCAAAACACAAUUUUCGGAGCUGCUCUUCUCGCUCAUCUACAUUGUCUUCCUGAUUGUGUUCGUCGCUGUGUUGGCCAUCAAAUCGCGCGGCAUACGUGACAAUUAUCGCGAGGCCACCUACAUUGGUUUGGCGAUCGGUGGCGCUAUACCCAUUUGGUUGGGCUGGAUGUUGUGCGGACUGGCGGUGGCGGAUCGCCAUAAGGAUGCUUGUAUCGCUUUUGGACUGAUAGCGACAUCAGCAACUGUCUUUCUAGUUAUGUUCAUGCCGAAAGGCAGACAGCUGGCGGCCAUGGGCAAGGAGGGCCUAUACGUGGAAGAUCGUGAGGAGCAGUUCAGCUCUCUGAGUCGUGCUGGCUCCGGUUACUCACCCUCAUUCUUCCACUUUAAGCCGAUCAAGUACGGAGUAAUGGGCGGAGGUAUGCAGAAUUCGGCAACAAAUACGGGGAACGGCGCCAGUAUGAAGCACUGCUCAAAUGGUCUAGGAGGAGGCGGAGGAGAUCGCGUUGCCUUGGUCACCGCUGCACCACCGAGCUACACACGUAUGUAUCACUAUUUUCCAGCACAUUUAUCAGCGCACCCGUUUUGUUUUUAUCCACAACCACCCCCACCACCACCGCCACCACCAAUUCCACCGCCAACGUUGACACAAUUGCCCUCACCACCGACACUCAAACAAUUGGGCAACUCCCUAUCGUCAAUGACACAAGCACAUAUCGCACAGACACUCCGGUAUCCAGGUAAGGUUUAUUUAUACGACCCGAUGAGACCAAUCUUUACACGACGUUGGAACCAACACUAAGCAGUAAUCCGAACGUGUACUUCCAACGCGGCGGUGCCGUACAUCCGGGCAUGAUGUAUUAGGCACAAGCAACGAACUCCAUGCGAACGUUUAAAAAUUCACAGCGACACAAGUGAAUUGAGAAAGAUGACAUUGACUGCUGGUAGUGGUGACAAAAAGCCGCGCGACAGUCGAGCACUGAGCAACUCAAAGUAUAAAAGUAUAACUUAAUGCAAUACGAAACGCUAAGCUAAGUUACAAACUGAAAAUAAAUUUUAUUUUUUAUUAAGUUAGAAUUAUAUGAAAAUCAAUUUUAUAGCACAUAAGUCCAACACCUAAAGUUGUAAGAACUCCACACGUGCACAUUUGCUCCCAGGGAGUGUAUUUUAUAUAAGUAUUACUUAAGCUUAGUUGUACUUAAGCGCUUAAGCAAAAACGAAAGGAAAAAUAUAUGAGUAAGCAUAAAUGAGGAAGCGAAAGCGUUACGAUAAUAGAUUUAUGAAAACAAACAAUUGGUUUGUAAAAACUUAAGCCGUAUUUCAUAAGCGACCACAGGCAUAAAAAAUAAACUAAGCGAUUUAAGAAACGAACACUCAUAGCACAUUAAGCGCAAUUAAUGCUAGAAUUACUUCGUAUUGUAUAAUUAUAAGCUAGAGAACAUUAGCGGCACAACAUCUUCAUAUAAGGAAGUUAACAAAACACAGUUUUAGAAAUGAAAUUACGCUCACUUCAUAUUUCCACAAUUUGCACGCGAUUUUCAACGCGCCAUCCAAUUAGUGAUGGGCGAUUAAUUAAUAAACGCUCAUUGCAGAGUGAGUUCGUGUUAUUACAGCGGCGCGCGGAACGAGAAGCUUAGGAUAAACGCAUGGCGGCGCGAUAGGCUGAAGGGCGUUGAGAGCAGAAACAAAAAAAAAAUUGAAACAAGCGCCUAGGCGUUGCACGAGAUAUGCUCCGCUAAACGCUCAGCUUAAGCAUCAACUGCUGCCGUACGCGCCGCAGUGAAAGUGAUACGUUGCGUAAGUCGACGGCCGACAGUCGAAGGCAAACAAAACUGUACAAAGGAAAAAGCAACUGUAAGCCGAAGAACUGUUGAAUGAAGUGCUUUCGGUUUUUAUUUUGAUUGCCAAUUUCUAAAUACACUCGCCAAACAACAGCUCAGACAUGUGCUUUGUUGGCAUUUUAAUAACAAUCACGUUUUUUUAUUUGUGUCUUGUAUGCCUCGCAUCUCGCUGCCGCGCAUAAGUAGGCUUAUGCAGCGCCGCCAAAUGCGCAGUGAGCAUGCGCAGUAUUCGAGUGCGGUGCACUUGAAGUAUAACGAAAGAAAUACACGCAUUUUUGUGGUGGCUUUCAAUAAAUUUUUUGCGCAGCUUAAAUUAGUUGAAAGCAUUAAAUUUUGAUUUUCGAUUUUUAGCUUAAGUACCAAUGCACUUACGUAAGUUUAAGUCUACUUUUAAUUGCUAGCAAUUACAUGUAAAUAAACGAUAAUAAUAAUAAUUACAAAAAUAAUAACAAUAACGUGAAAGUAAGAGCAGUAACUGUAUGUUUAGUGUUAAGCAAGUCUCUUAAUAUUUACUUAUGUAUUACAAUAAGCGCUUCCAUACUCGUAUAUUUGUGUGUUUUUCUUUAAGUAUUAAUGGUAAGCAUGUAAGUGAUGAAAUUGUGUAUUUGUAAGUAAUUCGCCGACUUGUCAAUACGAAUCUUUUAUACUGUGACAAUGUAUGAAAAGAGUAAAAUUUUAAAUAAAAUACUUAUAUCGAGUUAACAGAAA